ACCACUGGUCCAAGCAAUCUUCAGCGGUGAUCCAGAAGAGAUACGGAUGCUCAUCCACAAGACCGAAGACGUGAAUGCUCUGGAUUCUGAGAAGCGCACUCCGCUUCACGUGGCCGCGUUUCUGGGAGAUGCAGAGAUCAUUGAACUCCUGAUUCUGUCAGGAGCUCGUGUAAACGCCAAGGACAACAUGUGGCUGACCCCACUGCACCGGGCUGUUGCUUCCAGAAGUGAAGAAGCAGUGCAAGUAUUGAUUAAGCACUCGGCUGAUGUCAAUGCGAGGGACAAGAACUGGCAGACUCCCCUCCACGUGGCAGCAGCCAAUAAGGCUGUCAAGUGUGCAGAAGUGAUCAUUCCCCUGCUGAGCAGUGUCAACGUCUCCGACCGAGGGGGACGCACAGCCUUACACCAUGCUGCUCUGAACGGCCAUGUGGAGAUGGUCAAUUUACUCUUGGCCAAAGGGGCCAACAUCAACGCAUUCGACAAGAAGGACCGGCGUGCUCUGCACUGGGCAGCAUAUAUGGGCCACCUGGACGUGGUGAUCUUGCUGAUUACCCAUGGCGCAGAAGUGACGUGUAAGGAUAAGAAGGGUUACACCCCGCUGCACGCUGCGGCCUCCAACGGACAGAUCAACGUUGUCAAACAGCUCCUGAAUCUGGGGGUGGAGAUCGAUGAAAUCAACGUGUAUGGAAACACGGCCCUUCACUUGGCCUGCUACAACGGGCAGGAUGCUGUGGUCAACGAGCUGACCGACUAUGGUGCUAACGUGAACCAGCCCAACAACAGUGGGUUCACCCCUUUGCAUUUUGCUGCUGCCUCCACACAUGGUGCUUUGUGUCUUGAACUGCUCGUAAACAAUGGGGCGGAUGUUAACAUCCAGAGUAAAGAUGGUAAAAGUCCACUGCACAUGACAGCUGUCCACGGAAGGUUCACGCGGUCACAAACCCUCAUUCAGAAUGGAGGUGAAAUUGACUGUGUGGAUAAGGAUGGCAACACUCCUCUCCAUGUGGCUGCAAGAUACGGUCAUGAGCUUUUGAUUAACACCUUAAUAACCAGCGGAGCUGACACAGCCAAGUGUGGAAUCCAUAGCAUGUUCCCCUUGCAUUUAGCCGCCCUAAACGCUCACUCUGACUGCUGCAGAAAGUUGUUAUCAGCCGGCUUUGACAUAGACACCCCAGAUAAAUUUGGACGAACGUGCCUUCAUGCUGCUGCUGCAGGAGGUAAUGUGGAAUGUAUAAAACUCUUGCAGAGCAGCGGAGCAGAUUUCCAUAAAAAGGACAAGUGUGGGAGGACCCCUCUGCACUAUGCAGCUGCAAAUUGUCAUUUCCACUGUAUUGAGACAUUAGUAACCACAGGGGCCAACGUUAAUGAAACAGAUGACUGGGGACGGACAGCUUUGCACUAUGCUGCUGCAUCAGACAUGGAUAGAAAUAAGACUAUCUUAGGAAACGCCCAUGAAAAUUCAGAAGAACUUGAAAGAGCCAGAGAGCUGAAGGAAAAGGAAGCCGCAUUAUGUCUAGAGUUUCUUCUUCAAAAUGAGGCAAAUCCCUCUAUCCGGGACAAGGAAGGGUACAAUAGCGUACAUUACGCUGCUGCCUAUGGCCACAGGCAGUGCCUGGAAUUGCUUUUGGAAAGAACCAGCAGUGGUUUUGAAGACUCAGAUUCCGGUGCUACCAAGAGUCCGCUCCACUUAGCUGCCUACAACGGGCACCAUCAAGCCUUGGAGGUCCUUCUGCAGUCACUGGUAGACCUGGAUAUCAGGGACGAGAAAGGCCGCACUGCUCUGGAUCUGGCUGCCUUUAAGGGACACACAGAAUGUGUGGAAGCACUUAUCAAUCAAGGUGCAUCCAUCUUUGUGAAGGACAAUGUAACCAAAAGAACCCCACUUCAUGCCUCAGUAAUUAAUGGUCACACACUGUGUUUGCGGCUAUUACUAGAAAUCGCAGACAACCCGGAAGUGGUUGACUUGAAGGAUGCCAAAGGGCAAACCCCACUGAUGCUUGCAGUAGCAUAUGGACACAUUGACGCCGUCUCAUUGUUACUUGAAAAGGAAGCAAAUGUAGAUGCUGUUGACAUCAUGGGCUGCACAGCUCUACACAGAGGGAUUAUGACGGGACACGAGGAAUGUGUGCAAAUGCUGCUGGAACAAGAAGUGUCGAUUCUCUGUAAAGAUUUCAGAGGGAGGACACCCUUGCACUAUGCGGCUGCUCGUGGCCAUGCCACAUGGCUGAGUGAGCUGCUCCCGAUGGCACUUUCCGGGGAGGACUGUUCUUUCAAAGAUAACCAAGGCUACACGCCGCUACACUGGGCUUGUUACAAUGGUAAUGAAAACUGUAUAGAGGUACUUUUGGAACAAAAAUGUUUUCGUGAAUUUGUCGGUAAUCCCUUUACUCCACUGCACUGUGCAAUAAUAAAUGAUCAUGAGAAUUGUGCAUCAUUGCUACUUGGGGCCAUAGAUUCCAGUAUUGUCAAUUGUAGAGAUGACAAAGGCAGGACACCACUUCAUGCAGCAGCUUUUGCUGAUCAUGUGGAGUGCUUGCAGCUUCUUCUGAGACACAACGCUCAAGUGAACGCAGCAGACAAUUCAGGGAAAACAGCGCUGAUGAUGGCUGCUGAGAACGGGCAGGCAGGCGCCGUGGAUAUUUUGGUGAACAGUGCCCAGGCUGAUCUGACUGUGAAGGAUAAGGACUUGAACACACCCUUACAUUUGGCUAGUAGUAAAGGUCAUGAAAAAUGUGCCUUGUUAAUACUUGACAAGAUACAAGAUGAGAGCCUUAUUAAUGCAAAAAAUAAUGCACUGCAGACACCCCUCCAUGUUGCUGCACGCAAUGGCUUGAAGGUGGUAGUGGAAGAAUUGCUGGCCAAAGGGGCCUGUGUCCUCGCUGUAGAUGAAAAUGGUCAUACCCCGGCCCUGGCUUGCGCUCCUAACAAAGACGUGGCUGACUGCCUGGCCCUCAUUUUGGCUACCAUGAUGCCUUUUUCUCCUUCCAAUACAAUGACGGCUGUCAACUUCGUUUGUUUUAAAAAAGACAAUUUGAGCAGGACGACCCUCUCCAAUCUGGGUAGCAUGGUUAGCCUGUGCAGUAACAACGUAGGCUCGGAGGAUGGGUACAAUGAAAAUGAUUCUGAUUCGGAAACGUUUUGACUUUGGACUGUAAAAGCUUUUCCUUGAUCAACCAUGUUGGAGGAAGGGAAAGAAGCUUGAAUUCCAGGUUUAUGUUGUGUUCAAGUAUUAUUAUGGGCCCAGGCUUCCAGAAGCCAGGAGAGAAGGAAUUAAUCAAACUGAAGGAGGGCAGCUAGGCUGGAGGGCAGAGCACUCACACAAAUGGGCCCCACUUUUGAUUUGUUUCAUGUUUUCCUUAGAUCUAAGAUGCUUCUGUGAAAGUCUACCUCUCAUUUUAAGUAAAGAAUAAAAAAUGCAUUUAAUUCUUUUUGUUUGGGGAUAGUACACCAAGAGGGAGCUGUUCUCUAUAGAGACUUUUUUUCAUGUACUCACUUGGCAGUGAGUUCUCAGAAGUAUAUCAAUGUGACAUUCAUGUCCCCCCAGGAGGGGAGGGAAGGGGUGGAUAGGAAAUGCCUCAAACCUCUUCUCACUUUGGUGUUUACUUCCUCACUAGAAGCCAAAGGUAAAGGUGUUCAUCUUCAGAAAUAAUGCCUGUAAUAAUCUUUUUAAGGGAGUCCAAUUAUUCAUAUCCUCUCUAUAGUAAGCACUUAAAUAUCCAGAACUUCUUUCUGAGGAUUUUUGUUCAAGUUACCAGAUGAAGAGAAAAAUUCACUGAAAAUGGAACUUGCUUUUUUCAUUUAACACAAAUAUGGCACCCAGUGCUCCCCAUAAGCCCGUGACUAAUUUUCACCCAAGUGAUUGAGUCCAAGUCUAGUAACAUUUUGGAUGAAAAUU